AUGAGCGACUACGAAGACUACGACGAUGAUUACGAUGGCGACUUCUUCUAUGUCGAAGACGAGUACAUGGCUGCCGACGAUCUCGCAGAGCACGCUGUUGCCUCACCACCACCGGCAACGUGCGGCGAUGAGGAUAUGGAGGACGACUGGGACCGUUUCGACUACUUCAACGAUCUCGAGUACGCAUCAGACGGCUAUGAUGAUACACAGUUCCAAGCGCUCGAUGUCAAGGGCGCAAAAGCAGGCUCAAAGCGGAAGCGACUGCUGAGGAGCGUUCCGGCUAAAAAGAGGUUGAUAAAGGAGAGUGUGAGCACCAAGACCGAACCGACACCAGUGGGUCACUCGCCCAUUGUUUGGCGCUCGCAGGCGGAUCGUGGCAUAAAACCAAAGACACUCGACGACAACGCGCAGCCAUAUGCCUUGUUCAAGAACUGGAGAGAGAAGCUUGCAGAUAUACCAGAUUGGGCCAGAGGCUCACCACCGAGCUCGCCAGAGAUACGGACAUCACAGCCAAGAAAGGGGAAAGCAAAAAUGGCUUUCGUCACAGAGCCUGCAUCUCCUCCGUACGACGAGGACGAUGACGGCGACGUGGAGGACGAUGGCAUGGACAAUGGAGAACAAGGAAUACCGCAGGAGGCGCUAAUGGCAGCAUUGCAGCGACAACUCGCUACUGCUGGCGGACCACUGAGCGGAAUGGAUCCCCAACAACUGCUCCAGUUCGCUAUGCGCAUGGCAGCGGACGAGAGUGCCGGUGAUGAUGUCGCGGGUGAGAUGGCAGAGGCGAUACUAGGUGGAGAAGAAGACGGAGACGACGUAGAUGACGAAACUCACAAUGCCGCCGAAGAGGAACUUCUUACAUGGAUAGCUAAACAGCGGAAUGGGACAAGUCAAGGAACACCUUACGAAGAAGAGGGCACGAUGAAGGAAACCGUACACCAACCACCAACACCACCUUCAUCGGAUCUCAAGCGUAGUGUUCGUGUCUCCGAGGCCAAUACUACUUCGUCGAAUACCCUCUCGAGCGCCCCCGAUCUUGACACCCUUAAGUCCUCUCUGAAGCGAAAGGCACAAGACGAGCCGAGUGUCGAAGGCUCUACGAAGGCGCUAAAGAAGAGAGCAACAAGGUCAUUUGACGCGCCCACAGCAUCAAGUCAAGCCAAAACUGCUUCAUCACGACCUACAACACGAUCUAAACCUGGAAAGCGGAAGUGA